UUGACAGCCAGUCUAUCCUCCAGCGCAAACAUAUCGACUCCUCUCUCUUCAGGCUUCGAUUCAUCAACGCAAAGGUGGACAGCAUUCGCUAACCCCAACAUCUCAAUUGUUGUGCAUCCUGCAACAACAGAAGACGUUGCCACCACGAUCAAACUUGCAGAUCAAUACGAAAUCCCCUUUCUAGCAACGAAUCACAAGCAUGGGACAUCAACUGUAAUGCAGAAGCUUCAGAACGGAGUGCAGAUUGAUAUAUCCGGUUUCGACAGUAUUGAAUUAAGCCAUGAUGCCUCAACAGUUUUACUAGGAGGGGGAGUUUAUACAGAACAAGUUAUCGAUUACCUUUUUAAGCGCAAUAAGAUGACUGCCUCCGGCAGUUGUGGUUGCGUUGGGCUUGUUGGAGCUGCUCUUGGAGGAGGUAUUGGGAAGACGCAGGGUGCAUUUGGCUUGAUGCUUGACAACAUAGUUGACGCAGUGAUUGUGCUAGCAGAUGGUCAGACACUGAAUGUUUCUCAAAAAUCACAUUCUGACUUGCUCUGGGGUCUUCAAGGCGCAGGCCACAAUUUUGGAGUCGUUACCCAGCUCACAUACAAGGUUCACGAUCUUUUCCCUGCAGAUGGAAAAUGGUACGUGGCGUCUUUAUCAUUCAGAAACGACAAAUUGGAGCAAGUAUUUGAACUAUAUAAUCAAUAUACUGGUCCAGGGAGUGAUGCGGGACUUACACUAACGAUACAGCUUGGUAUAAAUCCUGACCUCAGCGCUGUUGAGCCGUCACUGAAUUUGUUAAUCAACUACGCUGGCUCAGAAGAACAAGCCGCUCGUUUUGCGAAUCCUUUCGUACAGCUUGCCGAUAUCGCUAAUGUCAAUGCGUCCGUUCCAUAUUCUCAAGUUGCCUCAGUUAGUGGCACUGGUGUCGAUGGUGCAUUCUGCAUGAAUUCACCACUACGUUAUCCACAGCUCCCUAUCCAGCUCAACACAACACAUAUUCCAACAAUGCGAACUAUUUCCAAUUUAUUACGUGAUGCAUUCAUUAGCAAUCUAGGCUUUUCAGGCAUUGUUGCUGUCGAAUCAUAUGGUUGGCAGGCUGUCCAGGCUGUACCGGCAGAGUCAACUGCUUAUCCUUGGCGAGGAGACCAUCUCUUUGCGUUCUUCAUUGGUGGCUACCAAAAUGCUAGCUUAGACGGAGUUGCCAUUCAACUGGGCGAGCAGGUUAGAAAGGCCUUCCUCGACGGCAGCGGUCAAGAUGAGCAACAUUCAUAUAUAAACUAUGCACUCGGAACAGAAUCUUUUGCAGAACUUUACGGUUAUGAUCUAUGGCGCCAGAAGCGCUUACAAGAUCUCAAAAGUAAAUACGAUCCGAAGAAUAGGUUUUCGUAUUACCAUCCAAUU